AGAUCUUCAAACAAACACUAGGCGGGAAAUCUGUAAUAAACUGCAUGCAGAAGGCUGACGUGUGUGUGUGCGUGUGAAAUAGUGAUAAAACACGCAACUGCUGUGAAUUACACGGAAUAAACAGCAGAAUAAAAAUGAAGCGUGGACACAGUAAGGGCUGGAAAACUGCAGCUUCAGCAGGAGGACAGGAGGAGUGUGGAGUUUGGCUGGACGCUGCUGCGUUAAGAGAAAAGAAACAGAGAAAAGCAGUACGGCCGAUAUCUAAACUGCUGAAUCCAUUGGCUCGGGCCGGAGGCUACAGCAUGGCAGUGGCCCUGAAUUUUACUCAAACCAAGAUGGAAAUGCCUGCUACAAAACAGAGCACGAUCUCCAAAUUUUUUCUACCACAGAGUAAAAAGAAAAAAGAUGCAGAAGACAGCAGCUUCAUGUUGCCUUCUGGAAUGUCUUCUACUCCUCUUCCUGCAGCACAUACAGGGACUAAACGAAAGCGUAAGAUGAUCUUUGAAUUGACUUCAGAAUUAGAAAAUGUGAGCGGCUGUUCCUCUCUAAUAGAUCAGCAGGGAUAUGAUGCAGGUAUUGAGAGAGCGUCAGGUGAAGUCUGUAAUGAGGAGGAUAAGGAGCAGCAGUUUUUACAUCUGCUUUGGGGAUAUCAGUCAGAGGAGUGUGAGCCAGCAGGAAAGCGGAGAACUGACAAUAUAACAGUGGAAACGCAAAACGAGAGCAGCAAAGCCAUAACUGUGGCUUGGCCUAAAGAGGUCACUGAAAGUCUUCACACGUAUCAGAAACACCAUGAGAACCUUUGGAUACGUAGGAACAUUUGUGCAGAGAACAGCGACGGUUCUUCAACUUCUCUGUCUGCAGAUGAUGUGUAUACUCAGGAACAUGUACUACAGAAGAACACUUCGAGGUCAACCACCGAGAUACGAAACAUGACGAAACAUCUUAAGUCUUAUAACGGGCCAGAGAUCUUCAAGCAGAAGCAUCAGUGGUCACCUGUGAAGAGAGAUGAUGACGAAAAUAACAGACCCACAUCACUGAUUACUGCACGUUCACCUUUUAAGCAGAAAGUGUGUUCCAGUCCAGCCAAACAUUCUUCAGAUUUAAAUAGGAAACUUUGUCAGACCCCUAAGAAGUCAAUCAGGGAGGCUCGGGAGAAUGACGAAGACUCGUACAGCACGUUGUUCACUCAGGACUCAGAAGGCUUUCGGGUGAUCGCUCAUCGCAGGAAACAGUCUAGAUGCCCCCUGACGGACCAAACUAACUCCCGUGAGAGCAGAGAGAAUAUGAGCAUCCUGUCUGUAAGGUUUCUGGAAACGGAGAACUCUGAUCUGGAGCCGGAGAUGCUUUUCACAGAGGACUCUCAGGGAAAUAUGGUCAUUAAACAUUAACCCCCAAAUGUGGUGUUGGAUAAAACUGAAUUUUUCAGCCAUUUUGAAAAAUGGUGGUUGGGCCUCUGCCUUGUAGAAAGCCAUUAACAUCUUAUACGGUUGUUUACGGACUUUUUUAAUCAUACAAGUAUCACUAGUGAGCUUGUUGCACAGAUUUUAGCUUUGCCCUGAAAAUUCAGUAAAAAAGGAAUAUCAGUAAAACCGCUCACUAAUGCAAAGUGCCAUGUUUUACCUUUGGACAUGACCAAAUUCAAGAUGCUUGAAAUAUUGUACUCAAGAGUUAAAUGGAAGAAGGAUAUUUUGUUUUUGUAAAAUAAUAUUUGUUGUGAUCAUUUUCGUUAUUGUGUGUCGGUUUAUUGUAUGUGUAUACACACUAUAUGGACAAAAGUUUGUGGACACCUGACUAUAAUGUUCCUAUGUGCUGUUUGUACAUCUCAUUCCACAUUGAGUCUCCAAUUGCUCUUAUAACCUCCACAAUUCGAGGAAGAUGUUCCACUAGAUUUUGGAGUGUGCUUGUGGAGAUUUGUGCUCACAGUAAAGUCCGGUUCCAAUUCAUCUCAAAGAUGUUGAAUAGGGUUGAGGUCAGAGCUCUAUAGCAGGACACUCAAGACCAUUCAUGGAAGCUUGCAUUGAGCACAGUGGUCUCUUAGUUGAAGUGAAGGGACAAUACUAUUUUACCAUAUAGAAAGACAUCCUAUACAGUUGUGUGCCUCCAGCUUUGUGCUAAUAGUUUGGGGAAGAGCCAUAUGUGGCUGGAAAACUCGGGUGUCCCAAUACUUUUGCUCAUAUAGUGUACAUACUCUGCUGUUGAUGGCCAACAAAUUUUUUUGACCAGCAGAUGGCACUAGUACAAGUGUUUUCUAAAUAAAUGUGCAUAAAUUGAGUUGAAUCUAAA